GCCUAAGUCUCUACUGGCGCGUGCUAGUGUACUGGAACGUUUGCGUCCCUGCUGCUGUGCAAAAAGAUGGCGGUCUCCGCCGGAUCAGGCAUUAAAGUCCCCCGUAACUUCCGGCUACUGGAGGAGCUUGAGGAGGGUCAGAAGGGUGUUGGUGAUGGGACAGUGAGCUGGGGUCUGGAGGACGAUGAAGAUAUGACCCUCACACGCUGGAGAGGAAUGAUCAUCGGACCACCAAGGACCAUCUAUGAGAACAGGAUGUACAGCCUUCGAGUGGAAUGUGGACCAAGAUACCCAGAUAUACCUCCUUUUGUUCGAUUUGUGACGAAGAUUAACUUGAAUGGAGUGCAUAGCUCAAAUGGUGUGGUUGACAUGCGAGCUGUAUCCUCACUGGCCAAGUGGCAGAAUUCCUACAGCAUCCGUGUGGUCCUGCAGGAGCUGAGACGACUAAUGAUGUGCAAAGAGAACAUGAAACUGCCUCAGCCGCCUGAGGGACAGAUCUACAGCAACUGAGCUUCUCUUUCAUCCUCCUUUACCUUCAUUCCCACAUGCAAGGCUGAGCAUUCUCCUCAUAACCUGGACUCAUGACAGUUCCUCCCAGUUCAUGACCACUCCCCCUGUUUUGCAGCAACCAAUAAGCAGUCCCGCCUCAGGAACUCCCAUUGGAAAGAAAUGAUGGAUGUAAUGGUGUUCACAGCAGAAUACUGUACAUCUUACUAAUCUUUUUUUUUAUAUAUAUAUAUAUACAUAUAUAUAGAUGUUUUUGUUAUACAUGCAAAUUGUAAAAAAUAACAAAUUAUCUUGAGUGUGUUUUGUGUGCCUUGAUUUUCAAAAGUAAAAGCAACCCUUGUUUGAGUAUAGAUCUACGAGUGAAAAUGUGUUUGUCCUAUCAUGUGACAUGCUGUAUGGUGGCAAUAGUAAAUGGUUAAGUUCAUUUAAAAAUGAAUAUUCUGUCAAAUUAUACUCACUCUGAUUUUGUUUGCAUACAACCAAGUGAAUUGAGAUUAAGGCUGUCAGUCCUUAAUGUACUGCCUCGCAUUUUCCUUUUGUGCUCCACAGAAGAGUACUAAAGAUUUAUAUGGAUGCGAAACAACAUGAUGGUGAGUUAAUUAUGACUGAAUUUUCUUUUUUGGGUGAAGGUAGCAGGUAUGGUUAAACGUUAAAUAACUUAUGUGCUACUAUGGAAAAUUGCCUUGCCCCAGACUCACAGGGCAUUUCGGGAAAGCUUACAUUUACAAUGCUGUACAAGUGUACAUUUACCGAACUUGAAAAAUAUUGACGGAUAGAGAUCCGAUGAAAACACUACAUCAGAGGUUGCAGUAGCUAAAUAUUUUGUCAUUUAACGAGUUUUAAAAACAUUGAUGGGUAAUUCAAAUUUCCAUCACUUUGACAGUUAAAUAAAAAGAUAUCUCUUUUUAGAAACAUUUCCACAGGAAAGCUAAUUUUAGAUUAGAAAAUUUGUGUACUCAAAAUAAGUGUAUUCCAAUGGAAUAAACCAAGGACUUGCAAUACAGCGCUUAAAAACAGAUGUCUGUAACGCAACCUCAUUAGAUAAUUAAAUACUUAUGUAACUGUAUUUGGCCAAUGAAAGCGCGUUUGUAUUUAUACCUUUUGAAUGUGGUCAAAAUCUGUUCACGACCACCUCCAAUUGUGCAGUUACACCUGGCAUAAUGUGGUCAAGUGCGGUCUGAUUGCAAUCCGAUUAAUAAAAACUAAUGAAAAGGAAUAGUUCACCCCAAAAUAAUACUUCUCUCAUAAUUUAUUAACCCACAUGCCAUCUUAAACUCGUGAUUUUGACCCCAUUUCCACCUGGUAUUAAGAUGUGUUUUGGGUGAUCCGAUCACAUGUGGUCAGUCCUAAAAUUUCUAAACUGGGUCAAAAAUUUUUGUGAUCGGAUCACAAAAAACAUACGAAUGUGGUAAAAAAAAAAACGCAUGUGGCGUAAACGCAGGGGCGUGUCUAGGGGGAGGCUGGGGGGAGGCAGGAUAAGCUCUGCUAUGCCUCCCCUGAGAAUUUGAGAAAUAAUCUGUCCAUCUGAUGAUAAAUUACAAUUUAAAAGUGGAUUGUUUUGUGCAUAUUUUUCCAUCGCUAGCAGAUGAGUGAGGUCUGACACAACAAAAAUCCAGUUUUGGCGCUGUUUCACAGUGCGCGAGCUCGGCGUACGCGCUCAGAAAAAGUGCAUUAUGUCAGAACAGAAUGCCAAUGAAAUGUUUACCAGGCAGAGCUUUAAAGCAGGAGCAAACAAUGAAAUUUUGUGAUUGCGAAUAAGUGCAGUGUCCCGUGAGUGUAACUCUACCGCUGCAUUAACAUACGAUUUGAAUGUACGUUGAGUUUUCGGGGACUGAUCGAGGCGCUAGAACUGCAGCUGAUAGAAUGUGCAGCGAUGAGAAAGCAGUGUGCAUUGCACUGUAUGCGGUGCACGAGCAGCGCGAGAUGCUUUCACAUAUGCUGCGUUACUUUGUAGGCUAACUGAUCCGCGGCUGUACUGUACCAGAAACACAUAGGUAUACUCACUAUUUUUUUUAUUUCAAAUCCAGAAGUUAUCAGCAACUUUUAUUUAAAAAAAAAAAAGGUUUUGUCAGCAUUGCGAUUCCCUUUGUACACAUAUACACUCUUUAAUAGACGUAUUCACGUUAAAACCCAAUUUAAUCAACGUAUUCAGUGCAUUACUUCUAUACAGAUGUAUAUAUUAAUUUGCUCGAGCAAUUAAGUGGAAAAAUAUUUAACCAUGUAUUUAUAUUAAAAUCGCAAACAUUUUAAAUUAAAACUUAAAAUUGACAAAAACAGCAGACUCAUACCUUUUCUUUUGCAUUUAAAUUUUAAUACAAUAAAUCUUGCAUUUCACAAAGAACUUGUUUUUCCACCUCCACGAAUGAGACUAGAGUCGUUCAUUAUCCCGCCUUGUUGAGGUAAAUUCUAGUUUUCCUUGCUUUACCCCGGUCUUAAAGUAAAAAUGAGACUGUGAAAAAUAGUAGUAUUUAAUUAAAUCCAUUUAUCUAAGUCUAUUUUGACUAUAGAUCUCAAAACUCCUCCAGUAGCCCCUUAAAUAAAAAACGAACAGUCCUAACUAGAACGUUCAUUAAAAAAAAAAAAGUAGCCUAUUGCUUUUCUAUUGGCCGUUAUUGGGUGUGUGUCAGUCUGCUGCCGGAUCACAUUAACAACAACCAGAGUGCGCGAGACAUAUCCAGCUGCAGACCCGCAGCACCACCAGAUUCAGAACCCCAGCACCAGAACCUGAAGUGAGGGGCGGAGUUAUUGACAAUGAGACAAGCAUGGCGGAGAGCAUGAGACAUUUCGAAUGAAUGAAGACCACAAGGAAAAGGCCCGCAACAAUCUCCUGGAACAGUCAGAAGCUUCCAGAGAGCCCUUUCUAUUUCAUUUUGUGUUCAGGGAUGACAUGGAGUUAUUUUAGCAAGAAUGUAAGGACAAAAUGGGCCUGAGAGUGAAUUCCUCAUUUGAUACAUUUUAAGUUUAAUUUAUACAGGAUUGUCAUGAUAAAAUGGGCCUAGGGGUGAAUUGGUCAUUUGUUGUAUAUAUUUUUGUUUCUUUUAAAAUUAUGCUGAAUUUUCUCUCUUUUUUAGUUUUUUGACAUGUUUUAUUUUACAUAAAGAAA